GCUCUGCAUUGCUCUAGAGGGGUGCCUCUGCCUGGAUGUGCCGGCUGUUGCGAGGGCUUGGGCUUUGCACAAGGCUUGGAGUUGGCUUUUCUUUUUUUUUCUCGCUCCUGGCCCCUGCCGUGGUACUACGUGCUCUCCGGCUGGCCGUGUGCAGGCAGCGUGUCCUCACCGCACCGCAGAACAGCCCUUUAGGAGCCCUUUUCCUCCACGGCUGUAAUUGCGUUUAUUUAGUGCGAGCUUUGGCUCUGGGAUUGUAUACAGUAAAUGCAGUAUAUGGAGACACUAUUACCAUGCCUUGUCGUCUAGAAGUACCAGAUGGUCUUAUGUUUGGAAAAUGGAAAUAUGAAAUGCCAAAUGGAUCUCCAGUAUUUAUUGCCUUCAGAUCAUCAACAAAAAAAAAUGUACAGUAUGAUGAUGUACCAGACUACAAAAACAGGUUGAGUCUCUCAGAAAACUAUACAUUAUCCAUCAGGAAUGCAAGAAUCAGUGAUGAAAAGAGAUUUGUAUGUAUGCUAGUAACAGAAGACGAUGUUUCCGAAGAGCCAACGAUAGUCAAAGUCUUCAAGCAACCUUCUCAACCAGAAAUCUUGCAUCAAGCAGACUUCUUAGAAACAGAGAAGCUAAAAAUGCUUGGAGAGUGCAUUGCAAGAGAUAGUUAUCCUGAAGGCAACAUUACGUGGUACAAAAACGGGAGAGUUUUGCAGCCUGUGGAAGAAGUUGUGGUCAUAAAUUUGCAAAAGACUGUGGACAAAUCAACUGGGCUCUUCACCAUGACAUCAUCUCUUCAGUACAUGCCAACAAAGGAAGAUGCAAACGCUAAAUUUACUUGUAGCGUGACAUAUUUUGGACCAUCUGGCCAGAAAAUGAUACAGUCUGAUCCAGUUGUCUUCAAUGUUCACUAUCCAACAGAGAAGGUGACUAUUCGAGUGCUGUCACAAAGUAGUACCAUUAAAGAAGGUGAUAAUGUCACCCUGGAGUGCUCGGGGAAUGGCAACCCUCCUCCACAGGAGUUCCUGUUUUACAUUCCAGGAGAAACAGAAGGUAUAAGAAGCUCAGAUACUUACGUAAUGGCUGAUGUGAGACGAAAUGCAACAGGAGAAUACAAGUGCUCUCUGACUGACAAAAGCAUGAUGGACGCAACCACCAUCACUGUGCACUAUCUGGAUUUGCAGCUUACUCCUAGUGGAGAAGUCACAAAACAGAUUGGAGAGGCCCUGCCUGUGUCAUGCACAAUUUCUUCUAGUAGAAAUGCAACUGUGCUUUGGAUUAAGGACAAUACCAGAAUGCAAACAAGUCCAUCAUUUUCAAGUCUGCAGUAUCAAGAUGCUGGAAACUAUAUCUGCGAAACUACUCUACAGGAGGUUGAAGGGUUAAAGAAAAGAAAGACACUUAAACUUAUUGUGGAAGGAAAACCUCAAAUCAAAAUGACGAAGAAAACCAACACAAAUAAAAUGUCUAAAACAAUUGUCUGCCAUGUGGAAGGUUUUCCCAAACCAGCAGUGCAAUGGACAGUUACUGGCAGCGGAAGCAUCAUAAAUAAAACAGAAGAGACCAAAUACGUUAAUGGAAAAUUUUCCAGUAAAAUUGUAAUUGCUCCUGAGGAAAACGUGACUUUAACUUGCAUUGCAGAAAAUCAGCUAGAAAGAACCGUGACCUCUUUGAACGUCUCUGCUAUAAGUAUCCCAGAAUAUGAUGAGCCAGAGGAUAGAAAUGAUGACAAUAGUGAAAAGGUUAAUGACCAGGCAAAGCUAAUAGUGGGCAUUGUAGUUGGUCUUCUGCUGGUUGCCCUGGUUGCCGGCGUUGUCUACUGGCUCUAUGUGAAGAAAUCAAAUGACGCCAAAGGAAAGUCUGAGAAGGCAGCAGCACAGAACUUUCCAAGUCUGCCGAGGCAAGAAAAACAUUACUUUUUUCAUUAUUGGUGUUGUGGUUUGUAUAAUCUUCUAUUGUCUUGUCAUCCACACGAAGUAGGAAUUAUACUUGUAGCCUUGGAAUAUAUUCACAAUAAAUCACUUAUAUAGUUAUUCACUGCCUCAGCUCCACUUGAUGCAAAAGCUGAUUAUUGCCACAUAUUCUUUUCACUAUGAAUAUUAUCCCAUAAAUCAGGCACUCAUCUGUAUUCCAUAUCCUACAACCAGCCUCCUCUCACACUAAGAGUUGAGGCUACCGAUCCCCGCAUGCUAUGUUUCUCCUUCAUCUGAGCAGAAGGCCAAACAUUUGUUUUCUAUAGCUGUUCUCCUUUUUCCAAAAGGAUAUUUUAAACUAAUUUGCAUUGAACAGAGUAUAAUUAAACACUUCAGAAUCUUACUAAAAUUUGAAUGAUUCUAGGACAGACAUCUUCAGUAAAUCCUUUGUAUAUAAAAUUUUCAUCUUGCCACAUACAGCUGAGAGUACUAUACAAAUAAAAGGUUUAGAAAGAAAACAUAGCAUGCAAAGCCCUGUAUUCCUGUUCUCUAGGCAUGGAAGUGUUGCAUGUAUAUUGAAUAUUUUUCCCAUUUUUGCUCCUUGGGCUUGGAGGUGCACAAAUCUCCACUUAGGUGGGGGCUAGACCAAGGUGUAAGUAGUUUAAAAUGGGCAGAUUGAAGCACAGCAGCAGUCUUAAGAUUGUCCAUGCUCAGAACACAACAAACUAUUGAAAUUCUUCUUAGAACACAGUAAUCAGCUUUACUGUUACUUUAUAGGAAAUUAGCACAUGAAACCAAACAUGGCAGGCCAAAUAUAUAGGAAACUUGCUUAUGUUUUCAAUGAGACUAGCAUUUGCAUUAUUUUUCAUGAAAUUUGCCUUCCACAGAACAGACCAAGUUACAAACAUCUCUGAAAGUGUCAGUUAAUAUCACAAAACUUCUGUAAAUUCAUAAACUGAAUUCAAAAAGUGUUCAUUCAUUUCUUGAUCACUGGAAUGGUUUUCUAAUUUGUCUUCUUUUUCCUACUGAUAGACAUCUGAAUGUAAUUGUAGGAAUUAGAAGACAAGAUUGGGGUAAAUGAAAAGAGAUAGCAAAUAUGUCCAUGUUUGGUUGUAUAAUACCCUCAGCUCCUAGAAAAUCUCUUGCAGCUUUGCAGUUCAGUGUCUUAACAUGCCUUUCAGAAGUAUUGCAAACAUUAAUGAAAUUCACAGCUCUUGCUUCAAUACCCAGAACUACAUCUAUGUGUAUUCUCUUACCUGUUGUUAUCACAAGUUGAUAACAGGACAAAAGGCGCUGCAAAUUUUCUUCUGAAAUGGAACCGAGGGUGAGGCCUAGGCUUGUGAGAUAAGAAGAAAUGAGGAAUUAAAUCCCAAGGAUAAUUUUUGUGUAAUCUGUAUGCAGUGUAUAUUUACUCUAAAGCAGGCAAAUCAAGGGAGAUGGAAAAAAAGUCUUUAUGUUAAAAAUAACGUUAUCAGCAGUAACUAAACAAAAUACAUGAAAAUAAUGGCCCUUCAACACACACACAGAAGAAAACUAAAAACUUCACUUUGGUACUACUUAGAGAGAUUUUGAUUAGGAUUCCCUGAGGGAUAAUUAUUUUCCUGAAGAGCAAGCACAGAUAAAUGUAAAACAUGAGUCAUAAUUUUAGCAAGAACUUGGAAUGAUCUGUUUUACAAAUGAAUUUAGAAGAAAAAAAACAAAACAAAACAAAAAACACCACCUCCAAAACAAACAAACAAACAAAACAGCUGAGAGAUGUAAGCAAGCUUAUAUUCAUACAACCAACUUCUCACUCGUCAGAACAGUAUGGCCACAGUAUACUAAGGUGGGGGCUUUGUAGAUCUGUACAUCUUGUUGUGCAUGAGCUCACCUGGGCAAAGUAGGCUGUCUUGUCCUUUUUGGCAAAUCCUCUGCAAUAUUUGAGUCCAUUCAGACUGAGUUGCCCAGCUGCUCAGAUACCAUCAGGAAGUCUCUCGUCUCUCUUGAGUUGCAAGUGGAGCAAGUUGACAGUAGCCAAUGCACUAAAAAAGUAAGGAACAACAGUUAUUGAAUAUUAAACUGGCAAAGGACCAUUUGGCGUGUGUCUCAAGUCACCUCAGGAAGUGACAGAAAGCGUGUUUUGAGCCCUUUCUCUCUUACAAGCCCAGGCCACAUCUGUCGAGCCCUGAGGAUUGGUGCUAUGCCAGGGUCACCUGUUCCUCUGCUGUUGGCACCACACUGCCAAUGGAUCGCCUGGCUGUGACUCAGUCCGAUUUUCUCUUCUGGCUCUUCUUAAUAGCACUAUUUAGAUAGCACUAAAAAAAGCAAAAAAAAUUGUUUUGUGCUGAGGUGGUGAAUCUGCCUACAUAACAGUAUUUGUGUAACAAAAUGAAAAAGUCAGCAAGAUCACCGAGCUAUUAGAAUUAAACUUUGUGUUUCAGUUUCAGGCACUCAAAAUCUAAAUCCAUCUGGUUUUCAGACAGGAAAAACUGCUGCUGCUCUCAUUUUAAACAAGCAGUAUAUACCAUACUCUGUAAUACAGAGUUCAGGGUGACCUACCUCUUUCAAAGUGAGAGCGCUGCCUUUUAGCUCUCUAUUCUCACCCAUUUUGGCUUUAGGAAAAUAGAGAUGACAUUUAGCGAGGGGAACACCACAGCUUCACUGAAUGCGGAACUGAAAUAGAACACCUGAAAAAUAAAACUUGAUAGCAGUGCAGGAUCUCCCAGUUUUAGUCACUGAACCAUUUUAGUGUGAUCAAAAAACAGUAAUGCCAGUUAGUUACAGUUUCCUCUGUCAUUAACUGUCAAGUCAUUUGAGAUCCAGUAUACUUUGGGCACUCUAAAACUCCUGAUAAGAAGCCAAAAAAAGGAUCAUGCUAAGCCAUGCCAAUAGUCCAUCUAGCCCAUUACUUGUCUCCCAGAGCAGACAUAAGCAGUUACAUAAAGUGGUGAGAGAACAGGGUGGACAAGCAUGAUGCUGCUUUCUCACCUCCAACUCACGUCAGCUCAGGUAAUUGCCCAAGUCCAGAUUCUUUCAGCUUUUCAUUUCCUUGCCUGCUGUCUCCUCUCCAGUUUUGUAAGACUUACGUAUGGAAAAGGCCAUGCCAAGCCAGAUUCUGUGCUCUACCUGAAACAAAAAUAUUUUUUACAUUUUAAUUUAAAAAGUUAAAAAAAUAAUAUUUUUUUUAGUUAAGGGCUUUAUGUGUUUGCUUGGGUGUUUUGUUUCUGUUUUUUACUAGGAUUAAAGAGAUUUGUGAAAGGCUACUAAGAACACAGAAGAUUAAUCUCUACCAAAGCAUUGAAUUUUCUUCCUCAUUGCAUCUUAAAUCCUUCCAUUCUGUGCAAGUAAUGUGUUUCAGGUUUUGAGAUACCAGGAGAAGGUAGAAAGUUUACAGUACAAUAGAAAUUUGCCACUACAGAGCAAGUUACUUUGGGUUAUAAACUCAGCAUUUUUUAAAUUAGAUUUGCCUGUGACAAGCAGUAGUUUGGAGCUGUGCAGUAAGUGUUUUUUACAGCAAAACUGGUUCUGCACAGACACCCACCUUCCUGUCAGCCACACAAACAUGACAGAGGCAGUCUAAUAACAACAGUAAGAGGUAAACACAACUUGGAAACAUUAAAAGCUCAAACCACUUAGGAAGUAACUCACUCGAAAAUCUUCUCAGUUUUGGAGUGGUCCCAUUCUGUGCAAUCUGUGGCAUGUGGGGCCCACAGUCGCGUGCCCCACUAGUGCUCCCCAUCACACAACCCCUGGGCAGGGGAGCAGCAUCCAGCAGAUGCCCGGAGGUGCUGAGGGGCAGGGGUAUUCGCACCCUUCAGAAGCUCUUCCUAGAUAAAGCCUCGGUGGCACUCUCUGAACGGUCCCUUUCAAGGCUCCUUCAGCUGAGGGCACGCGCAUUGCUCAGCCCUGGCUAGCAGCCUUUGCUCAGAUGGAGGACGUGCACAGAAACACUCCGCUAGCAAAAACUGAAAUCAGCAGUUUUGUGAGGUACAUACCUGCAUGGUGUCGGCGUGACAUGUCACACUAUCUCGCUAACCUGUGUCUUCAUUGUAUUUCGCAAGUCAGUGUCACUACGGAUCUUUACCCUGAAGCAAGGGUGAGCAUAUGCAUGAAUCUGUCACAACAGAUGUUACUUUUCUGUAGGGGAAACAAAUUAUCCAUAGAGAAAAUGCCUAUACCAUAAUCUGCUUUGACACGAGGGAUUUAUUUUGUCCCACUCAAACCCAUUUGCCCAUUUACAUUUUAAAAAUUGUGGCCUUCAAAAUGUUAUCACAGCACUGCAGGAAUCUUUCACCUUGGCAGACAGUGAGGCUUCUCACACACUAAAUGAAUGGCUUAGUGGUUUUAUUGUGCUAAGCCAGACUAAGCACUUAACUCAUUAAUUCAUCUCCACUACUUGUAUUAAAGACAACCUGCUAUUUUAAAUGAGGCAUACCUCUUUUCUCCCCCUCAAACAUUUGCACAGUUUCUUCCUUACCCAAACCUUGUCAGUCAUAGCUAGCACAGAUCUGGAAGACAAUGGUUUUUUUUUCAGUGCUGCCUGAAUUUUCAUUAAUUUCUUCCCAGUUAAAGAGCUGCUGUUUGGCACAGGCUCUGAAAGGCAAUUACUAUGAGUACACAAAAGAUUGCUAUGUUGAUCAAGAUACCUUAGCCACACUUGUAACAUUUGGAGUACGCCUUAAAGCAAACUCUUGUUUAUUGAAACAAGCUACACAAUUAAUUUGUCAAGAUACACGGAUCUGUGCAACUGGUUUAACCUUAGCAAAUGUUUGCUAGCUCAGAAUAAUUCUGAAUUUCUGAAGAAGUAAAGCAUACAUACACAGGCCUGCUGCAGUACGCCAGUGGGGAAUCUGGUGCUAUCGGUCUGUUUACAAACAUACGCAAGCCUAUUGCUCUGCUCCAAACAGGACUGUAAGAAUCUUCUGUUUCACUGAGAGGGGAAGAGCAGCAUCAUUACUGUAUGGAACAAAGCGUUGCAGACAUACAAAAAUAAACUUAUUUUUUCAUUUUAGGACAGCAUCAAAACAUGUAGACAAAGAUCUUG